CCUACCUCCGCCGCCGGCAAGGCCACUUCUCCACCAUUCAUUCCUCUUGCUCUGCUCCUGACCGGAUCGAGAGCUCGCACACGCACCGCCGGCCACCAUGGCGGAGGCCGCAAGUGCGGCGCCUCUACUCCGCGGCCUCCCAGAUGAGGUCGUCAUCUGGGAGAUCCUGCCCCGCCUUCCCCCAAAAUCCAUUCUCCGCUGCCGCGCCGUCUGCCCUGCGUGGCGCCGCGCCACCUCCGCCCGCGACUUCCUCCUCGCCCACCACGCCCGGCAGCCCGCGCUCCCCAUCCUCGACGGCUUGAACACCGUCGGCAAGGGCAUAGACAUCAUCACCUUCGACCACCGGUCAGCCGACCAGCUUCAGCUGCAGUCCGUCGCGCGACUUGGCGCCACCCACCACUUCGGUCUGGAGGCCUCGUGCGACGGCCUCCUCGUCCUCUCCAUCCACGACAUGAGCUUGGGUUUCGCUAUCUGCAACCCUGCAACUCGUCAGUAUGCUCCUCUUCACCUGCUCUAUGGCUCCAGGCUAUUGGGGAUGUACCCGCAUAGCCCUACCGGUGAGUACCGAUUAUUGCUGUACUUGUCCUCCAAGAUCAUGCAUGAUGAAGGUGAAGGUGCCUCCUACAUCUUCACGAUAGGCUCUGGCCAUCAACCGAGGAACAUAGGGUGCCCAGAUGCCAAGGCACUGAUAUUCACCCUGUCCACCCUGUUCCGUGGUAGCUUGCAUUGGCACAUGAAGCAGCAGGAGAGCGCAAGCAGCAGGAUAAUGGUUUUCGACACCACUGCUGAGUCUUUCCGGCAGAUGCGUGCUCCGGUUGUUCGUGGCUUUGGUAACCUGUUUGAGAUGGAUGGAAUGCUCGGCCUGUCCAUUAUUAAGGAUGAACAGACAAGCGUUGAUAUCUGGGUGAUGCAGGACUACGAAGGCCAGGUCUGGACCUUCAAAGCCCGGGUUGAAUUGCCGAUUGCAGAGAUCCGGGUGCAAUUUGGAAAGUUUGUCGAUUUUUGGGAUGUGGUGGCCGCGCCUUCUGAUGUUGAUGUGCAAGUGCUGGUCAAAACUGACGAGUGGCUGCUUCAGGUUGACACUGAUGGCAAGUUGGUUGCCAGUUUCCAUCGCAGAGGCCUCAAUCCUACUCAACGUCGGCUCAAACAGUCUCUAGUUUCACAUACCUUCUUUCCGACACAAGAGGGUUAUGUUGUGAAUGCGUCGCCUUUCAUCUGACCAGACGAUUAUGUUGUGAACAUUCAGCCCUUCAUCAGGGCUGGAUUAUUGAGUGUGGUGGUGCUUCUUAACAACCUAGCUCUCCAUAUCCACAUGAACUGCGGUACAUAUGAACUCGAUCCACUAUUAGCCUGCUAGCUUCUUUGUUGAUGUAUAAGAAGUUAUGAUCAAGAAGCUCUGACUUUUACAUGUUUGAGUUAUAUUUCCUUGAAUGUCCUUUGUGGCCGAAGUGGUUGCUGUCUGUGUUGAUGCUAAAGUUAGAAGUCAGUCCUAUCAGCGUCUGAAUGUUUUCCAGUUACUCUGGCCCAUGUCUCUGUGUUCUUCAAAUCUCUUCUUAGUAUUCAGUACCAGUUAGCAAUUCUACCUGCCUUGUCUCUAAUUUUAUUUAACUGAAGAAUUGUCUUGUUAGUUUAUUGAGGCCUUCUUUUAUAGAGAUUACCCGCUGGUUGUCUUAAUACUAAAUUUUAGAAAGUAUACAUGUGUUUCCUGUUCCUAUGUUUUGUUUUAGCUGAUGAUGAAAUGAGACAGAUUAUUGUCCUUAUUGAUUAGCAAGUUUCAUCUGAUCUGGGAGCAUUAUCUAGUUUAAUUGAAAGAUUGCAAUAUAGUCAAUUUGUCAAUGGAAUUUUCUGUUGCAAUUUAUUCUUGUUCAUGAUUCCAUAGCAUCCGGUUAGGUAUUGAAACAUACUGCUGUAAUUCUACCUUUCUAUUCCAUCAUUUGGAAUUAUAUUUAUCAUUUCACUUCAGUUGCUUACCAUUUCAGAGAAUCAAUGCUUCAUGUGAUGUUCAAUCUUAACAUAAGCUCUAGAAAUGAGACUUGUACUGAUAAGGAGAAGAGAGGUUAUCAUGGUCAUGCGCAGGUCUAGACUGUGUUCCCCUUUAAAUUCUGUAACUACCAGCCAUGUUCUUUUUUCUCUGUGACCAGCGCAGUGCGUAUGAAAUUGGAACACUAUGAGCUGGUUAGUUUCUUUUUGAUGUACAUACAAGUUCUGAUCAAGAAUCUCUGAAAGUUUCAUGGUUGCAUGAAAUUUAUACUUGUGUGAAUAUCUUUUCGAGAUGAAGUGGCUAGCAAGUUUAUGCUACAAUUAUUUAGUCGUUUUGGUCAGCAUCUGAAAUAGUUGCCAAUU